CUCAAGGACAUCCGGCCGGCCUGGUUUAGCAAUGUCUGUGCCCCAACCGAUCUCUGAGCUUUCAGACUCGGACAUAGACACCGAUCACUCCGACAAGGCAAUGGGCAAGGCAAUGAAGGCAGUUGCCUGGAGUGGGGAAACGGGAAAGUCUUGUGUGCCCACCAUGCGUGGCCCUACCAAGUUGGCGACCAAGAAUGGUGGAUGUGCAAAGACCAUCGAUGUGUUGGAGGUGUUUUCCGGAAGUGGCAACUUGAGCCAUGCCAUUCGGAAACAACAUUUGACUACAGAAGAGGUGGAUUUGGAACAAUGUUCAACCCACGACAUGUCUUCCAAAGACUUUGUCAUGUCCCUCAAGCAAAAGGCAGUGAGUCAAAAGGUGCAGUAUUGCCACCUUGCACCCCCCUGCAACACGUACUCUCAAGCGCGCUACCCCCGUGUCAGGACCAUCGAGUAUCCAGAGGGCAUUCCAGAGUUGACCAAAAAGGACAAGCCCGUGAUCAAGCUUGCCAAUUGCAUUACUAACAACACGAUGUGGUUUGCAAACGAACUCAUCAAGGAGAAGAAGUAUGUAAGCAUUGAGAAUCCAAAGACAAGUUUGCUGUGGCGCACAAAAGUCUUCAAGGCCUUGCGCAAACGCCACAAGCUCAUCGAAGUUGUCUAUGACAAUUGCAAGUAUGGCUGCUCAUACAGGAAGCGCACAUCCAUUUGGAGCAAUGCUCCGUUCCUCGCCGUGUUGGCCCGCAAAUGUGCAUGCAAAGCGAAGGGGAAAGCUCACACCAUUUUGUCGGGUUGGCGACCAAAGAACCGUUCAGCAGUCAUGCAGCCGACCCGCGGAACUGCAGCUUACCCACUGCCUUUGUGUUCCAAAUGGGCAGCAUCGGUCUCAUCUGCCGUGAAGGCCUAGGCCUAGGCACAGGCAUUCCUCUGGUGAUUGUUUGCAAGAAGCGAUCC